AUGGCGGGCCCGGGCGGUGCCGCGGACGCCGGGGACGCCGGGGAUGUGCUGAGCAGCGGCAGCGAGCGGCGGUGCCGGGCGCGGCUGGCGGCGGGGGGCGCGGGGGGCGCGGCGGCGGCGGCCGCGGUGCUGGUGCCACUGUGCUCGGUGCGCGGCCGCCCCGCGCUGCUCUUCACGCUCCGCUCCCGCCGCCUCGCCGGCCCCCACAGCGGCGACGUCAGCUUCCCCGGUGGGCGGCGGGACCCGGCGGACGGGGACGCGGUGGCCACGGCUCUGCGGGAGACGCGGGAGGAGCUGGGGGUGGCGGUGGCAGCCACCAGCGUCUGGGGACAGCUUCGGACGCUGCCCGACCGGCAUGGAAUGACCGUGGCGCCCGUCGUGGCCAACCUGGGGCCGCUGGAGGCCUUGACACUGAACCCCAACCCUGACGAGGUGGAAGAGGUGUUCACCCUGCCCCUGACUCACCUGCUCCGCGAGGAGAACCAGGGCUACACCCAUUUCCGCACGGCCAGCAGCUACAGAUACACCUUGCCCGUGUUCCUCAACGGCCCCCACAAGGUGUGGGGGCUCACAGCCAUCAUCACCGAGCUGACCCUGGAGCUGCUGGUGCCCGGCCGCUACCGCAGGAAGACCCACGUGCCUCCCCAGAAAGCCCCAGGCUGAGCGGGGACGGGGCAGGGGGUGGCUGUGGGGUCCCCAUGCCUCAGCCCUCCACCUGUGCACGGGGGUAACGGCUCUGAGCCCAGCAGCGUGUCGCACACUGUGAUUCAGUAAAAGCCAUGUUUGGAACUGC